AUGGGAACGAGAAUCCAUGAGAUUACAGUAAUCACUAAGCUCAGUAUCCCAGGCAAGGUUCUCACUCACAUCCUUCUGAGACGUAUCAGAGACAACCUGUUAAGGCACCAGAAUCCGGAGCAAUCUGGAUUCAUUCCUGGUAAGUCCAGAAAAGACCUUAUUCUGGUGCUUCAGAUCAUUGUAGAGUGCCGCCAUGAGUUUGAGCUGCUCACAGCCUUCACCGACCUCAAGAAGGCACUUAGUAUGGUGCAUCGGGAAUCACUCUGGGAGAUCAUGAGAUUUAGAGGAAUUCCAAUAAGGAUUAUCGGAUUAUUAGCAAGUCUGUAUACUAGUAUUGCAAGCGAUGUAAACAAAGCCACUUGCAGCGAGGACACUGAAGUAACAGAGAGCUUUACAUACCUUGAUGUAGUUAGUAUACGGAUUGGCCUGGCAGCAAGGGUUAUGAACUCGCUCGACAAGAGUCUUUGGAGUUGCCGGUGCCCGUAG